AUGGAGGGGGCCGGCCUGGCCCUCCUCGCCGCGGCGGAGAAGAUGCCGGGCGAGGUAUUGCUUGAGGCUGCAGUGCCGUUCGCGCGCGCCGGGCUCCUGUCCACGGCGCCCUUCGACCUGCUGGGGCCCGUGGCGAGGCACCGCGCGGUAGCGGCGGCGGCCAUGCCUCCCCCGGUGCCGCUCGGCGCCGCUGGGCUGGCGCCCGAGGGGUCAGAGGAUGCCAGCGCCUGGCCAGGGCCGCCCGUGGCUGCCGAGACGGCGCUGGACCUGCUGCUGCUGGAGCUCGGGCGCCCCGAUGCGGCCGGGGCCGCCCCCGCGGCGCUCGUGCGGCGGCUGGCGAAAUACGCGGCGUGGUUGCCCGCCCCGGGCGGCGAGGGCGGCGACGGGCUUGCGGGGCCUGCGCUGCCCGCGGCCGUGCUGGACCCGUUGCUGAGGCGCAUGGCCGAACACCUCGUGGCGCGGGCCUCCGCGCUCUCGUUCGCGGACGCGGCCAGUGCCCUCGCCACGCUGGCGGGCUCUGGCAGCGCGCCCAGGGCUGUGGUGGAGGCGCUGUCGGGGGCGGCGGAGGCGCGGUUCCCCGCGCCUCCGUGCCCAGGAGCGGGCGAGGAGACCCCCAGCUGCGGGAGACCAUCGCAGCCGUGGCGGAGCUCUCCCGGAGCGCAGGCGGCCCGAGCGGCGGCGGCCAGCUCGGCGAUGGGCUAG